AUGCGGCGGGGAGACCCCGAGGACAACUACGCUGCAGAGGCAACAGUGCUGCUGAUGAGCUGCCGCAGCCCAGCCAAUACAGUUACGGGCUGCCGCCAGAUGGCGUCGUUGAAAAUGACGCAAUGUCUGCCGCUUGUGAUGCUGACGGCCCUGGCGCUCCAUGGGUUUGCACAGGACACCCCGCAAGCGAUGCGCGCCUACGAGAUCUUCAGAGAGCUUGUCAUGCGCUUUGUGGACAGCAGGCCGUCCGUCCAGCGCCACAUACAAACACUCAGAAGCAUGGAU